AUGAGGUUGAUCCUUUCAAACGCCCUUCUUUUGCUGAGUCUUCUAGGACCUUCGGCUGCAUUCUUCAACACCCAAAACCCAAUUUCCUCCAACAGGGACAAAUCAAGUCUUCAUGUUAGCAUUGGACUUGGACCUGAGGAAAUAGAAGAGGAAAAGCAACUGGUCCCUGGAGUAGACUAUGAAGUCCCAGAUCACGAAGCCUACCGUACUUCUCGACGAUCGAAGCUUGAUGAAAAAUGUGAUAAAUGGUUUGGUGCUUUGUUGGCCGGUGAAGAAGACAAGGGGAUUCUAGGAUCCCUAGCGGAUGAUGCUCGGAAGGUUUUGAUCACUCCUGUUCCUCUCAUCAACGAGAUCGAAUUGCCAAAAGAUGACCCAGAGUGGACCCCAUAUGUAGCCACAAAACUGCCUUGGACACCCCUUACACCAGCGUUUGGUCUUGAAGAAUUUGGUUUGCCUGUUCCCCGUAGAAACGCUGAAACCUGGCGUCACUUUGAUGUUGCUGGAAUGGUCGAACAAGACUAUUCAGGCACACCAGAAGGCAAUGGAUUAGAAUUGGAAUUUACAGACGAAGAGGUCGCAACCACUCGGGCGAACCUUCAAGUGAAAGGAGGUUGGCUACCAGAUGAUGAGUGCCAAGCACGCCUUGUCUACAUCAACGGCAGAUUUGCACCCCAGCUUUCUCAAACAAAUGAUUUUGUCAGUAAUAUUGGAUCUGCAGAUGAAGUACCAGAGGACAUGAAAUCACUGUUAGGACGACUGACUGAUGGUUUUACUGACGAGCUUGCUGCGCCUGUGCCAGUUGGCGACGAUGAUUUCUGGACUUCCUUCAAGAAACUUAGUGGACCCAACCACAAUGUUGGAGAGGCAAUUUCUCAAUUUGCAGUCAACACACAACAAGGAACUGCAUGCUUUGCUGCAUUGAACACCCGAAGAACUGGUGCUGUCGCAUUCGUGAACAUUCCAGAAGGACACGAUAAAGACGAGGAAAAUAAGAAGCCAAUUCUAAUUGUCAAUGCAGUCACCAGCAACGGAGGUGCCUCUUCGGAUUCAAGGGGGGUGUCAUUUCACCCAAGAUGUCUCGUGGUUGCUGGAGAGGACAGUUUUUCUUCACUUGUGCAAUCUUGUGUCGAUUUGGAUAGCGAUGAAGCAAAGGUCUCGACUCUUUACAACGGUUUCACGCAGGUUUUUCUCAAGAAGGGUGCUCAAAUGAACCAUACUUUUCUAGAAGAAUCGGGAGGUAUCCCAGUUGGUGGAGUUGAGAUCAACGAUGACGACGUGGAAGAAGGUCAAGAGAAGCCAAGAGAUAUUGAAGCGCGAAGACCGGAACUAAAGGAUACGCAUCUCGAGGUGAUAGAUGUUCAAGCGAUGGGUGACGAUGCUUCUUAUGAUGGAAUUUUGCUCAGCGUUGGUGGUAGUGGGCGAAUCAGAAUUGCGCAUAGUGUCACCCUUCUCCGACCUGGUAGCCACGCAGGUGUCAAGGGAUUCUCUCUUUCUGCUGGUGCUCAGCAAACAGAUAUCAAAACAAACAUCCACCAUAUUGGACAAGCAACAACAAGUGAACAGCUCCAAAAGAAUAUGAUUGGUGGAAGAUCUACAGGGUCAUUCAAGGGACGUAUCCGCGUAGAACAAAGUGCCCAACAAACCAAUAGCGAACAGCUGGCACGCACUGUUCUCCUGAGUGAUCGAUCGAGAGCAUGGGCGGUACCUUCGCUUGAAAUUAUUGCCGAUGAUGUUUCAUGUACUCAUGGAUGCACCGUCUCGGAUCUUUCUGAGGAAGAAUUAUUCUACCUCCGAGCGCGUGGAUUAGAUCGAACAUUAGCCAGAAACCUACUAAUGUACGGAUUUGCUGGAGAGAUUUGCGGAUUAGUAGAUCCCUCUGUGCUCGAAGCAGUCGGAAGCGAAAAGGGACUUCAACAGCGGGUGAUUGCGAAACUAGAGAACAUCGUACCCCAGGGCGAAAGAGCAAUCAAGGGAGAUUUCCAAAGCGUUUAA